GUUUUCUUCGGAAAGCCACCGUGGAAUAUUUCUGGGACUCGGAGCGCGCGGCGAGGUGGCCGGUGGCUCGCCACUCCGGUUUCGGGUACAACGGGACGCCUGGAGCCCACGUCAGUUGGUUUCGCUUCCGGUGUGUGCUGUAUUUAUGGAGUUUAAAGAUAAACCAUCCCAAAACGUUGUUCCUCCUCCGAGGGAACCACGAGUGCAGGCACCUCACAGGUCGAAUCAAGUACUCGGAGCGAGUGUAUGAUGCGUGUAUGGAUACAUUUGACUGUCUUCCUCUUGCUGCCCUCUUAAACCAGCAGUUCCUGUGUGUGCACGGAGGACUGUCUCCAGAAAUCACGUGUCUAGAUGACAUUAGGAAAUUAGACAGGUUUAAGGAGCCUCCAGCUUUUGGUCCGAUGUGUGACCUGCUCUGGUCCGAUCCCUCGGAGGAUUACGGCAACGAGAAAACGCUGGAGCAUUUCGCCCACAACACUGUUCGCGGCUGCUCCUAUUUCUACAGUUACCCUGCAGUGUGUGAAUUUUUGCAGAACAAUAGUUUGUUAUCUGUCAUCCGAGCUCACGAAGCCCAGGACGCUGGGUACCGAAUGUACAGGAAGAGCCAGACAACAGGCUUUCCGUCAUUAAUCACAAUCUUCUCUGCACCAAAUUACCUAGAUGUCUAUAACAACAAGGCUGCCGUACUGAAAUACGAAAACAACGUCAUGAACAUCAGGCAGUUCAACUGUUCCCCUCACCCCUACUGGCUUCCAAACUUCAUGGAUGUCUUCACGUGGUCUUUGCCUUUCGUAGGGGAAAAGGUCACAGAAAUGCUCGUUAACAUCCUCAACAUAUGCUCCGAUGACGAGUUGAUCUCGGAUGGCGAUGAGACGUUGGAAGAUCACUACAUUUCAAGCUAUCAGAAAGGUGGGACGACAGUCCGUAAAGAGAUCAUCAGGAAUAAGAUUAGAGCCAUCGGGAAGAUGGCACGCGUCUUCUCGGUCCUUCGAGAGGAGAGCGAGAGCGUGCUGACCCUCAAAGGCCUGACUCCCACAGGUACGCUGCCCCUGGGAGUGCUCUCAGGGGGGAGGCAGACCCUGCAAACCGCCCCGGUUUUGAGCCGGUUUUGGAGGCGUCUGUUCCUGCUGGCCGAUCCUUCCUUGCCCUCCCUCAACAGCCCGGUGUGCCUGAGCGCGCUCUGA